AUGGCGCUGCAGCCUUUCGCCUGGGGCGGGUUACAAAUUUUGCCGGUGGCUCCUAACGCAGCUGAAAGUGUUGCAGUUGUUCCUCCACCACUGCCUGGGCUGUAUCGCUCUGCGCCGUUCAGGGUCUCCGAGUACGACAAACGCUGCCGAAUGGCCGUGGCGGAACUGGAGGCCGUCCUGAGGCUACCUGAGCGAGAGGGCACGGAGGCGGCUGCCCUUCGCCGCGCUGGCGGGAGCGGCAUGGACUCAGGCUUGGAUCCAGAUCUAGGUCUGGAUCUAGGUGCGGACCACCUACAAGACAAUGACGAGGAGCUGCGCGCGGAUCUGGAUCUGUCUUGUCUGCACGUACCCCUACCCCCCGGCAUCUCACCGACGUUUCGGAGCCUGGGUCCGGGGGUUCCGCCGCUUCCGCAACAAGGGCCCUCCGCCGCCGCCGCCGCCGGCCCCACCACCGGGAUCCCUAGCGAGCCGGCGGAAGCGGCUCUGGCCGUCAGGGCCCCCGCGCCAGUGGCGGCGGCCCCAGCGCCAGUGGCGGCGGAGGAAGAGGCCGCCGCCGCCACGGCGUUGGCGACAGACCUUACAGACCAAGCGCCGCAGGGCAUGGAUCCGGAGCCGUACUCUGGUUCCGGAACCUUUGCGGAGGGUGAGAUUGGCAGCGGUAGUGGGUUCAGGGCUGUUGUAGCAGCUGCGGCCUCGGACCGGAUACCUCCACGGCCGCGGGAAGCCGGGCCGCGUCAUCAGAACCAACUUCAGCAGCGCCGACAGCAGGGGCAGGGGCAGGAGCAGGGGCAGGGGCAGGAGCAGGAGCAGGAGCAGGGGCAUCAUCAACAGGAAGGGAAGCAUGGUGAUCAGGAGCACCAGCAGCAGCAGCAGGGACGGGGGGUAGGGCGGCAAUUGCAGCAGCAGCCUCAAGGUAGGGAGGGGCACCCGGCGAAGCGGCGGCGCACGGUGCCAGCUCGCUUCCGCGACGAUUCAUCACCGCUACUGUCGACGCGACGCGACGCCGCCGUCGCCGUCGCCACCGCCGACGACGACACGGUGGCCGCAGCAGGAGGAGCAACAGAUGCGUUACUGGGUCCCGCCGCCGUCAGCACCAUGCAGGGUCGCCAGCAGCAGCAGCAGCAGCAGCAGCAGGACAUGGCCAAGCCGCAGCCGCUACAGCCCAAACAGCAAGGGCCCGGCCGGCGGGGUAAGGCCAAGCGGCAGCAGCAGCAACAGGAGCAACAGCCCGUUGAGAGCGCGGACUCUGCUGCUGCUGCUGCUACAGUGGCUACUACAGCUGCGGCCAACGCAGUUGCUGCCGCCGGUGCUGCUACAGCUGCAGGAGGAGAAGUUCUGAAUGUGGAUGCCGGCCCCGCUGUAGCUGGCGCUGGCGUCGUUGGAGGCGGCGGCGGCGGCGGCUGUGAGGGCCCGAGGGGACCAGGGGACCAUCCUGUCAGAGGUUCGUCUCUAGAGCAGCAGGAGGGGCAGCGGGCGCAGCACCAGCUGCAGGAGGAGCAGGAGGAGAAGGAUUCGCUGGCUUGGUGGCAGGGCAUGUCGGCGGCGGCGGCGAAGUUGGAGAGCUUGAAAGCCGUACUACGGACCGAUCCGGGGAAGGGGGAGGGUGAGGGCGGGCAGCAGCAAGGGGAGGAAGAAGGGAAGGAGGAGCGGGAGCAGCGGGAGCUUGAGGAGGAGAUGGAGCGGGGGGAGAGGGUACGGCGGCGGAUGCUGGACGGUGAGUACGGCGCCGAUCCGUACGAUGAAGAUGAGCAGGACGGCAUCGCCGGCGGCGGCGGUGGAGGGAGGACACGGCGGCGGCGGCGGCAGCUGGGGAAUUGUACGGCAGCGGGAGGGGGUUCCGGAGGGGCGUACGGCGCAGCGUCAGCCGAAGGUGAUGAUGGCGGCGACGGCAGAUCUGGGGUUCUGUUGCCGCCGUCCGCCGUGGCGGCCCUGCAACGGGUAAAGCUGGCAGUCAGCGGGCCUGACCAGCCAGCGCCGCCAGUGGUUGGAUUGCCGUACGUACGGCAUAAUCCGUCGUACGGUUUGACGGGGGCGGAGCAGUCAGCGGAGGAGGAUCUUCGAGACGAGCUGGUGUUGUGGGUGGUGGUAUGCGGCCCCGGUCAGCCGCAGGUGCUGCACGAGGAGUUCCUGGUGCUGGGGGGGCAGUGCCUAGCAGAGCUGCGAGAUGUGCUGGGCUGCGCGACAGAGGACGCCAUGCGACAGGCGGCGGAGGCGGCGCAGGCGCUGCCGCAGCCGCUGCCUUCGGUGGUGCAGGAGGCGGCGCUGCCGCCACCGGCGGCGCCAGCCACCGGCCGCGGCCGCGGCGGCCGCAGAGCCUCCCGGGGUGGCCGUGGCCGUGGUAGAGCAGCUGGGGGUUCGCAGCCGCCGCAUCUGGCGGCGGGAAGAGGUCCGGCGGAGGCGCUGACGGAAGCUGUACGGCAUUCGGCUGUCGGCGUUGGUGACGGAAUUGCUGCGUCUGCCGCGGAUGGGCCCGACGGCAAUGCAAAUACUGUGUCUGCACGGGUGGCGGUGCCGCCGGCGGCGGAUGGCUCUGGGAGCCGGCACGGCAACGGCAGCGGCAGCGGCGAUGCCGCGGGAGCGGCAUUGCCGGCGGCGGCGGUGCCGCUGCCGUUCGAAAGCGGGUUAUUGCCGCCUAGCCACGGGUCGUACGUCUUCUUGGAGGGACGUUUCUACACGGAUGUACGGCACCCAGACGCUGAGGACUACUCCGCGCCCAUCAGGGAGAUGUGCAGGGCCCACGGGGUUCGCCCGACGUAUCUACGACCGGAGCGUGGCUGGCGGCCCGCGCUGCUCCGACACCACGGCGGGCCGCUGCCUCCACCUAGCGCCAUGCACACCACACGGUUCGCAGAGCUGACGUUGCGACAGGCGAACCACCCCACGGGCAUGUUCUGCCAUCGAGCCUGCUGCGAGCACCUCCUCUUCGUGCGGGAUGUUCGCAGGUGGCACCCAGGCGACCCCGCCCGCCGAGUGGCCUUCCCGCUGAGGCUGCGAGCCCGGGACCGCGCAGGUGCCCCCGUCGCCCGUCGGCGGUGCGGGCUGUGUGAGGCCCGAUACGCGGAGCUGGUGACACACGAUGACCCGUUGGCGCCCUCCAACCCGGCCAUCAUGUGCAGACAUUGCUUCGACCUGCUGCACAUCGGCACCAACGGCGAGCGCCUCGCGCCGGAUGUUGUCGUACAGCCGUACAACCCGGCGUUGGACAUCGCUACACAGGGUACCUGGGCGCCGUCGGUUGGGGCCUGGGCCGCCGCCAAUGCAGCAGCUGCCGCCGGCGAGGGCGAGGAGGGUGAUGGAGAUACGGGCACAGCUGCGGGUGGCGGUCUUUUCAAUAUAAGAUCAGACGGGCGGAAGAAAGCACGGCGACAUGCGCGCAAGCGAUAG